UUUUUCUCACUUCUUGGUUAUGUUAAUGAUGUACUAUGAUCGACUGACAAUGAAUGGAUAACGAUUACUUCAAGUUUCAGCAGCCUGUACAGUAUUGCUUUCCACUGGACAACAGAUCCUGUCUCAGAGAAAUGCGAUCGCCAACUGUGUAUGCAGUGUUAUAUGCCUUCUCAGCAGCUUCUGUGAUGCUUUCAGUCUUUGGAAACUUGCUUGUUAUCAUUUCUGUCUCUCAUUUUAGGCAACUUCACUCACCAAGUAACCUUCUUGUACUUUCACUUGCUGUAGCAGAUUUUUUAAUUAGUAUUUCUUUGAUGCCCUUCAAGAUAAUAAAAAUCAUUGACAGUUGCUGGUAUUUUGGAGACAAAUUUUGUUAUUUGAAUUCUGUAAUUGAGUUAGUGCUUACCUCAGUCUCUAUGAGUAAUUUGGUAUUUAUCGCUAUUGAUCGCUAUAUUGCUGUGUGUGAGCCUUUUGUUUAUGCUGCUAGGAUUACAGUUCCUAUUGCACAGUUAAGUGUAACUAUUAGUUGGCUAUUAUCUAUGCUAUACACAUGGGCACUGGUAUUUUAUAAAGGAUAUUAUGUUACUUCAAGUAAUGAUGGCAUUUGUGUAGGACAGUGUGAAGGAUUCUAUGCUGAACCUUGGGGGCUGGUGGACCUUUUUAUAACUUUUCUUAUUCCUUAUACUGUUAUGAUAAGUAUGUACUCAAAAAUUUUUGUUGUUGCAAGGAGGCAUUUAAUGGUAAUCAGGAUGGCAAAUCAACAAAUACGUGCAAAAGAAACACAACAAAACAAAACAUCAAAAAAAUCAGAAAGAAAAGCUGCAAAAACAUUAGGAAUCGCAAUAUCAGUAUUUCUUUUCUGCUGGACACCCUACUAUUUAUGUUUAAUUAUUGAUGCUUACACUGGCGUAGUUGUACCUAAUAUAAUGUUUAAUAUUUUGACAUGGCUAGCUUAUUUAAACUCUGGCAUGAAUCCAAUUAUAUAUGCUUUGUUUUAUCCUUGGUUUCAAACCUCAGUUAAACUUAUAAUGACAUUAAAAAUAUGUAGUCAUCAAUCGUCAAUAAUGAACUUAUUUUCUGUAACCCAUUAGGAUCUUUUAUCAUAUUUCUGAGAUUUAAGAAAGAUUCAAAGACAAUUUUAAGAGAUGGAGUGUAAUUGGAUGCAAGCAUAUCCCAGCUUUAUAAGGAGAAUGCAAAUACAAACAGGAAAUAUAAAAUGAUAGAUUUUCUUUCAAAUAACUUAUACAUUUUCUGGAUUUAUAAAUAUGUGUAUGUUUGUAUUAUGCAUAGAUAUUGAUGGAAUGUGCAAAGGUGAAAUCCUUUGUGUGAAAAUCUUUAAAUUAAUACACUAUAAUGCUUUUAAUAGUUAAAGCACUGGACUUUAAACCCCAAACUGUCAGUUCAGUGACAAUCACUGUCUCCAUAUGUGAGGGUGACUAUGUCUUAUUAAUUAAAAAAAGGAAAAAAGGUUUGUGUGUUAAAAAAGAGCUUUGUAGCUUUAUUUGUGGUUCUUGCUG